AUGAAAAACCUAAGAAAAGAAUUAGAUCCAAUUCUAAUUCAGGAUAUUGAAAUCAAUUAUAAUGUUUUUCACAUUCAAGAUUAUUACACAGAAUUAUUUCAAUUAAAAAAAGUGAUAUCCAAGAUUAUUUUACCAAAAACUUAGUAAUUGUCAAAUUACAAUAUGUUAUAAUUCAUAGGCAAAGGAAAAUAUAGUGAAGUUCAAUUAGCAUGUGAAAUUACUACUGGAAUACAUGUUGCACUUAAAAUAAUAAAAAAAUAAUAAAUUUAGUCUAUUUGGAAGAGUAUAGCAUAAGAAUUGAAAAUUUAAUAUCUUCUCAAUCAUCCAAAUAAUGUCAAACUCUACACUUUCUUCCAAACAAGUUAUUAUUUAUAUAUAUAUAGAGAUCUAAAACCAGAAAACAUUUUCCUAUGAUAUGAUUGAGUUAAAUUAGCUGAUUUCACUCAUUCUAUCUAUUCUCCAAAAUAAGAAAGAUCUACAUAAUGUGGUUCUCUAGGUUACAUUUCCCCUGAGAUUAUUAAGGGAGAGAAUUAUGAUAAAAGUACAGAUUUGUGGUAUUUGGGUGUACUAGCAUAUGAAUUAUGUAGUGGUGAAACUCCUUGGGAAGAUCUAUCUUAUUUGGAAGUGUAAGAAAUCAUUUUAAGUGGAAACAUAAGAUUUCCAUCUAAAUUCACUCCAGAAUCAAAAGAUUUCAUUAAAAAAAUCUUAUAUUGA